GGUCAGUAGGCAGAGCAUUGGCUUUGCGUUCAAAAAGUCCCAGGGUCAAUCCCUAGCAUUGCCAGGUAGGACUGGGAAUCUCCCCUGCAUGGAACCCUGGAGAGCCACGGCUAGUCAGGUGGUAUACAGUGGUCUGACCAUCUGACCUAGUAUAAGGCAGCUUCUGAUAUUUCAAGAGCAGGGAUGGGGAGCAUCAGUCCUAAACGUUGCCUUCCACCCAUCAAUUGCCCUGUUCGGUGCCCUUCUUGUGUGUUUUUGCCUGGCUGGAAUAUGCUCUUGAACUGUAAUAAUGUACUUUGCUUUCCUGGAUAGAUAGAGAGACAGGUGUGGGUAGGUGGUGGUCACAUGUAGAAACCUCUGGCUUUCGCUAUCACACCUGUUGCUCACACCUGUUGCUCCUCCCAGUUUUGCCUCUGGCCCCACCUAUUGCUGACAAGCAGCCCCCAUGGCUUUCAGGCUGAAAAAUGCCCAACACUCCGGCCCUUCGAGAAUGGACUCCAAAACUCCAGUCCCAGGGCUGAACCCAUAAACCUGGCAAAUCCCUCUUAUGUCAGUAUCCCUCCAACUCGUUUAGAGCUGCCUCCACUGAAAGAGUGCUCUGUGUUUUGUAUGAAAACUCAAAGUCACAACUCAUCUCUCAGCCCAUUUCUACUCAAAUGCAGCUUUCCCCGUGCCACCUUAUUGAUGAAAAGACCAUCGAUCAUUGUCAAAUGAUGGUGUACCUAACAGAUGCACGGGGAAGGUGUAGCUGGCUUAAUAAGAUUUAUUAUCGGCAGGGAUCCUUUUCGAAUUCUUAUGGACAGUUUCAUGGUCGCAUUCGAGCCGCCACCGGACUAGGAAAUGCAUCAAUAACCAUCUUAAACAUGCAGGCAUCGGAUUCUGGUAUUUAUACCUGUGAAGUUUUCAACCCUGAAAACCCAAAUACCCAGGGUGAAAAAACAAUGUCUGUCAGCGUACUAGUCCCCCCCUCCAAGCCUCACUGCAGCUUUGUUCAAGAUAAGGAGGCUGAAAUUGGCCACGCCAUCACCCUUUUCUGCUUUUCUGAAACGGGGAUGCCUGAUCCUAUAUACCUCUGGCACAGAGUAUCAGGAGAUUCAGCCGUACAAGUGACAGGGAACUACAUUCCUCAAAGUGGUCGCUUGGUAAUAGGAAACCUGACAAAGUUCGAAGAAGGCUACUACCGUUGCACAGCUAUUAACUCUCUUGGAAACAGCACCUGCCAUAUCGACCUCACUACAAAACAUUCAGAAGGUGGCAUUAUUGUUGGAGCAUUAAUUGCAGCAAUUCUGGCAGCUGCUCUGAUUGGUGUAAUUGUUUGGGUUGUAGCCACAAAGGAGAAAGAAAAGAAGAAAAAAGAGAAAGCUGCAAUCAGUGAAAUGCAGACUGUGGCUCAUAAAGAACCACUGAAUGUUGCCUACGCUGCUGUGCCCAGCCAAGAAAGUGCCCCAGUGGCAGCUGUUCCACCAAGCAAAGAAUCCAAUGAGACCAGUGAAUACAGCACCCCAGAGGAGCCUGAGGUUGCUGCUAUGCCUGAGAAUGCGACACAAGAAAUGGAGCGCCAACCAGUUGCCUAAAUUUUCCUCACAAUGUUAAGGGAACCCAACAGCAACUUGUCCAGAAACAAAUUUAUAAAAAGCACAACCAUUUUAACCACUUCCCCAGUGCAGCAAGGGAUUCUACAUGCAGGUCCUCUUUUGGAUCAGGGCCUACAUGCACAAAAGGCUGCUCAGCGUGUGACUGCCUUGGCUGUAUGUGAACAUCCAGGACCCAGAACCAUGCAUGGCAGCUUUGUCCCCUGGCCUGGGCCUGCAUGCACACUGCUGCACAGUAUCUAUCUCACCUCGCCACCCCCUUCUCCUCCAGCAGGUUAGCAGUACUGGUCAUCUUUUCAACUGGUGUGUAGGUUUCAGAAUUGGAGCACAGGUCUUUAAGGAGUUAGAGACCCCAUGCUUUCAAACAGCUAAAGAAAGGCAGGUACUAUUCCUUUAGCACACGUAUUGCAAACAUUGUACCUAUGCUCUUGAGGUCUUGCCUUGGUGCCCACAAAACCUCUGACCUCUCCCUUCACUGUCUUCUUGGUUAUGAGGUGGUCAGGGUGGCCACCUUCCCCCCCUCCUCUUGGAAAAGUACAGAGAGCUGAAGGAGGAAGUUGGAAGAGCAGCCCUCUUCUCCACUCUUUCAAUCAUCUCUAUAGUACUUUCCAGGCUCAGAUUAAUUCUACUGAAGUGCCCAGAGUCUGGAGCCCAUAGCACACACUUAAGAAUGCAAGUGUACCCAUGGCUUAAGGUUGGCAACCCCUACUUUUAAGAUAUAUGUAAAAAUCAUAUUUUUAAAGCACUUACAAUACUGUGCCGAUACAUUAUUCUUUCAUAUUUUCCUUAUUAAAUGGGAUGAGAUGUUUUCGGCUCUAAAACAACUGUAGCUCUUCCACUGCUCACAGCUUAAGUUAUUACUUAGAAUAACUCUAUCUGCCAAACUACAUUUUUCAUCCUACAUAAUAACUGCACUUACUAUGGGGAUGAUCAAAAGCAGCUUGCAUCCAGCUCUGUCUUGCAAUGGGCCUUCUCAGUCCCAACUUUCCUAAAAGCAGCUCAUUGAGCCUCCUCUUCCAAUCAGAGGGAACUUCAGAAACAUCCUCCUAUGCAACAGCUUCUCUGAGAAAAGCAUCCUCAUGGAAAGUUAUGCAUUGACGAGUAUUAUAAUGUAUACUUCUGCAGGCAGUUCUCUCUUGCUGUAAGAGUAUAUUGGACUACAGCAUUUACACCCUGUGUACCCAUGCAUUCAUGUAUAUUUCUUUGUUCCCAUUAAAAACUGCUAAGGUUUCAUUUUGUAUCAUAGCUCUCAACCAAAUAUCCUUUAGAGGAAAUGUUGGAGGACAAUGAGGACUUGUUUCAAGUUAAGGGUAUCUAAACUUAAUGUCACCGCUGAAUUUGCCUGCAUCAAUCCCGCCCCAGUUUUAUAUCUACCCCGCCCCUGCCAAGUGAUGAUAAAUAGGUAAGGUAAAGAUUGCUGACAUGGUUUCUAAAUAUUGGAUAGAGUUUAACACUGUGGAACAUCUAGCUUGGGCUGUCUGAUAAAAUUAUGGUGUUCAAUUUGCACCCAUGUAAACUUUUGAGGGACGCGGGUGGCGCUGUGGGUUAAACCACAGAGCCUAGGACUUGCCAAUCAGAAGGUCGGUGGUUCGAAUCCCCAUGAU